UGCGCUCUGACGUCACCGCCGCCGGUCACGUGGCCUCAGAGCCCGUGCGUGCUCGUCUCCGGAGCGAGCGAGCGCGCACUCGAGGAUGUCGGAUAGGAUGGAGCGCGCUGGAGAAACUUUGUCCAAGACAUAAAGGAGCCGUGUAUCUGAAGAAGAAAGGCGCUUGGAUCACUUUUAAAGCGGCUCGCUUCCACUGCGGAGCCGAAUGUCGGUGCGCGGAUCCUAGAGACGCACGCUCACCGAACACCGCGGGGGAUGUUAUCGGUACUCUCCUACGGCAGGAUCGUGGCCAGGGCUGUCCUGGGCGGACUGUCGCAGACGGACGGCAGAGAUUACCGCCUGAUCACGGCCAGCUGCGGCUUCGGGAAGGACUUUCGCAAAGGGAUCCUGAAGAAGGGCAUGUGCUACGGAGACGACGCCUGCUUCAUCGCCCGGCACAAGUCCGCGGACGUCCUGGGGGUUGCGGACGGCGUCGGGGGCUGGAGGGAUUACGGCGUGGACCCGUCUCAGUUCUCUGCCACCCUGAUGAAGACGUGUGAGCGGCUGGUGAAGGAGGGACGCUUCACUCCCAGCAGCCCCGUGGGCAUCCUGACCUCCGGGUACUACGAGCUCCUGCAGAACAAAGUACCGCUGCUGGGGAGCAGCACAGCUUGUAUAGUGGUGCUGGACCGCCGGAGUCACAGGAUACACACCUGUAAUCUGGGAGACUCGGGCUUCCUGGUGGUUCGGGGUGGAGAGGUGGUCCAUCGGUCAGACGAGCAGCAGCACUACUUCAACACUCCCUUCCAGCUGUCCAUCGCCCCGCCGGGGUCAGAGGGCGUGGUGCUGAGUGACAGUCCUGAGGCGGCAGAUAGCUCUUCCUUUGAUGUCCAGUUAGGGGACAUCAUUUUGACCGCUACUGACGGCCUCUUUGACAACAUGCCUGACUACAUGAUCCUGCAAGAGCUCAAGAAACUCAAGAACACCAACUAUGACAGCAUUCAGCAGACGGCCCGCAGCAUCGCUGAGCAGGCCCACGAGCUGGCCUACGACCCCAACUACAUGUCCCCUUUCGCCCAGUUUGCCUGUGAUAACGGCUUGAAUGUAAGAGGGGGGAAGCCUGACGACAUCACGGUGCUUCUGUCCAUCGUGGCGGAGUACACCGACUGAGAGCUCGCUCGUCUCUUACUCCCGUGUCUUCCACCCCUGCUCUAUUGCACUGCUCCCAUCUCACUUCUCCCAGCAUCCCUUUCCAUUCUUCCGUUUCUCGAGUAGAUCUCCAGUCGGCGCGGGGAGGAGGAUAGCAUGAGCGGUACAGACAGUCCGAAAAGAAUGACCUCAGUUGUGUCCAAAAGGAUUUUGGGAAUCUUCAAGCCGUGUCGUAAUUUGAGUCAUUGAGCCACGCGUUACCCACAGAAAGUGUUUUCUAAUGGGAGAAGCGGGUGGCUUGUGUAAAUUAAAUGCUUGGUCGUCUGUGUGUUGAGAGAGAAGUUUAGCAUCUCUUUGGAGUGCCUCUGUGUUUUUGUUAACCUGAAACGGGAAGGUAGGUUAAAGUUAAGGAGGCUUGGCUAGAUUUAAACCUGUUGGGAAACGCAAGUGCUUUAGGACGUGCCGGCUAAUUCUGUUCGGCCGGUAUAUCUACUUCUAGUUAGACAGCCUUCAUCUACACCGUCGCUUCGAGGUCCUGGAUGACGGAUUGCAAGUUCAGAGGCGGGAAGGAGAAGGGUUGAGUUUGGUUAUAAAAGACUGCAGACGUUACUCAGAGUAGUGGCAUAUUUAGGUUUAGAGAUUACAGUGAGUUCAAGAGAUCAAACCCAUUGUUCGCAAUAAAGUUAGUGAAAAUGACAUGAUCUAGGACCUUUGUACACUUCGUAAAGACUAAGUAUAUUUCCCUGGUGUCUGACCUGACUGAGGUCUGCGCGCUCACACACACACACACACACACUCACGGGGUUGAUGAUGGAUGUUGACUGUGAAUGCGUGUUGGAUGUAUAUAUACGACCCUUGAGGUUUAAAGUCUACACGCACAAAUGGCUCGCAUCUGGCAAUGCUUUUCAUGAAUUGAAAGGUCAGGUAUAUAAAUACAUGUUUUAUUUUUAUAAAUACUUAGCUUUUAGUGGACAAGAUUCAACAGAAUGCCGAAGUCGGGGAAGGCCGGAUCGGCCGGUGUUUUCUGUGCUCCCUAGCGAGGCUCGGGUUAUUUUUUUAAUCGAUUGAAGGGUAUCUGAUGCUUCUUGUUUUUUUUCCUGUGUCGCUCUAGAUGGGUUCUAGAGAACUUUCUCACAUUCAUGUGCUGCUUUAAUUUCGUAAAUUAUAAAUGUGUGAGUGACUACAUUAUUUAUAUGACUGUUUUUAACUGUACAAUAAAAAAUGGGUGAGCUAUUGGCCAUUUCACUUCACGAAGGCGGAUCCGGAUCACUGAUUCUAUGAGACGCAUCAACUAUAAUUGUUUAGACUGAGAAAACAAAGCAAUACGGUUUUUCAAAAUGUCGUUCUGUUUCUUCAGUGUCUGAAAUCUUGUGCAUGUCUAGGACGGCAAACCUCAGUCAGGUAUGAAACUAAAGCUGGAACGCAUGAUCCCUGAACACACAGCCGGUCCUCUGCUCUCUCACUACAUGCAAUGUCUUGUGGGUCGAGGUCAUGUUAAAAUCGGUCUGUGUGUACACGAUAAAGCAAACCAAAGCAGGAAAGCCAUAGGACCAGCGUGACCGAGGUGUUCUCACGCGUCGCCUACAAGAGCGCAAUGAUUUCCCAAAUCUGCUUUACUUUCUAGAUAAACGAGAUCAUCUGAACAGUCAGUCACGUGUGAUGUUUAUUCUGUUGUGUACCUGUCCGUUACAAACUGUGUGAUCUAGUAGUCUUUUAUUUUAUUCGAAGGUGAUGUGAUAUGGGCGCCUCCAGAGGCAGAGGGGAGAACUGCAAUUAGUGUUUUUUUAGUCAGACCAUUUUUUUGGAUCAGAAAUGCCUAAAAUGGACGUGGUAUUAGCCACAAUUAAAAAAAACAAACCUCUAAAUAUUAUUAGAAAUGCAUUUAAUUGUAACUUUUGCAUAUUGUUCAAUCCUGAUCACUUUUUCCCCACGUGAUCUAGCUUGUCUUCUGUUUAUAUCGUCAUCUACUCCAAGGUGUCUUGGUAUUGCAGUCUAUGUGCUGUAAGACCGGAUAUUGACGUUUUGAACGAACAAACUCGUCAGAUGAAUUGUUUUACUAGUUAAAUGACGUGCGGUUAGUUCAAAGCGACUCUUCUGUCUCUGGCGGCCUGAGGAUGUCACGUCUCCUCGCUCGUUCGUGUCGCUGCAUGAGGCCGUGUUGUGACUGAACCUUUGUGUCUGGAGUUUCAUCACUAUGUUUGCCGCACGGCACACCCUUUUCCGAAUUCCCUGCUCGUGGCUCGUCCAGAAGAUGCGCUUUCGCCGGUUCUGGUGCGGUCGUCAUUUCAAAACGGGAACGUCGGGCUGAUAGCGACCGAACCAGGACAAAUCCACAUGCCAUUUGCGCCUUAAAAUCUCAUAGUGUCCAUCCAGAGGCCUUUGUGUGGCUUGCAGCAGUGUCCUGAUUCCGGUGUGGUCUGUCCUUCUCUCUUCUGGUGGUUUCUAUGGUGCUUCUGCGGUCCAGAUGAGUCUCAGUCUCUGAAGCAGACGAUGUGCGAAUGAGAAUACACUUUUUGUGUGUACAGUGUAACAAUGCAAGAAAAGUUCCUGUAAAUAUGUUUUCCAAGUUGUAAAAUAUUUAAAUAAAAAAAUAUAGUAUUUAUACUAAA